AUGAGCUCAGAAAAUGCAACUGAUUGUCUGGGAUGGGCUGCAAGAGACGCUUCUGGGGUUCUAUCGCCUUACAAAUUUACCCGAAGGGCUGUUCAGAGUGAUGAUGUUUCCGUAAAGAUUACACACUGUGGAGUUUGCUAUGCUGAAGUGGUUUUUCCGAGGAACAAACAUGGAGAUGACACCUACCCUUUCGUGCCUGGACAUGAGAUUGCUGGAAUUGUGCAAGAGGUUGGUUCCAAUGUGAGCGGCUUCAAAGUUGGUGAUCAUGUUGGAGUGGGAACCUAUGUGAAUUCAUGCAGAGAGUGUGAUUACUUUUACACUUAUAACCGUCCUGAUGUGGAUGGUACUAUUACACAAGGAGGGUUUUCCACUUACAUUGUUGUCCAUCAAAGGUACUGCUUCAGGAUACCAGAUGCCUAUUCAUUGGCCUCUGCAGCACCUCUGCUUUGUGCUGGCAUUACUGUUUACUCUCCGAUGAUGCGCCACAAGAUGAACCAGCCCGGUAAAUCCCUGGGUGUGAUUGGACUUGGUGGCCUUGGUCACAUGGCAGUGAAAUUUGGGAAGGCUUUGGGACUAAACGUGACCGUUUUCAGUACAAGCAUAUCAAAGAAAGAGGAAUCUCUAACUCUGCUUGGCCCUGGCAAAGUCACUUGA